UUUUCACCUCGGGUUUGCGUAAAUCCGUCACGUCGCGUGCUUUCGGACUUGGAGAGAAGCCGAACCCCACAAAACCUCCUCCCCCCUCGCCGCCGCCGCCGCCGCCAUGGCCGACGAGCUCGACGAACUCCUCGGCUUCCUCUCCUCUCCCCAGCCAAACGUGCGCGGCGCGGCGGCGGGCAUCGUGCGGGGGCUGACGGGCGACGCGGACGGCCUGCGCGCCCUCUCGGCGCGCGCCGACCGCGCGCUGCCGGCGCUGCUCCGGCUGCUGGCGUCCGCGGGGGGCGAGCUGGGCACGGGGGGAGCGGCGGCGGACUCGCUCGUCAACCUCAGCCAGGACGGCGCGCUCUCGGCCCGCCUCGUGUCGCUCGGCGCCGUCGUGGCCGCCAUGGACGUCGUGGCCAAGCGCGGCGGGGAGCAGCCGGGCCUCGCGCGCAGCCUCGUCAUGCUGCUCGCCAACCUCACCCAGGUCGACUCCGGCGUCGCGGCCCUCCUCCAGGUUGGAGAUGAAAAGAUGCAAGGACUGUAUGUUGCAAAGCUUGUGCGGUCAUUCUGCAGGUCAUCCAGUGAGUCUGAAGAGGAAGAUAUCUUUGAACAUGUUGCUUCUAUAUUAGUGAACAUCUCAAAGGUUGAAGCUGGAAGGAGAAUACUGAUGGAACCUAAGAGAGGCCUUUUAAAACAGAUUAUACGGCAAUCUGAUUCAACAAACCAACUUAGAAAGAAAGGGGUUGUUAGCACCAUCCGUAACUGUUGCUUUGAAGCUGAUACCCAAAUACAAAAUUUGCUCUCUCUAGCAGAAUAUAUUUGGCCAGCUCUACUUUUGCCCGUAGCUGGAAAGAAGAUCUACAGUGAAGAAGAUAGAUCAAAAAUGCCUCCUGAGCUUGCAAAUGCACUCUCCCAUGAACGAGAGGCUGUUGAGAACUCUGAAAUUCGGCAACAGGCACUUGAGGCUAUUUAUAUGAUUGUCCUUCAGGAUGAAGGACGAAGGGCUUUUUGGUCAGUCAAUGGUCCGCGAAUACUGCAGGUUGGUUAUGAAGACGAGGAGGACCCAAAAGUGAUGGAAGCAUACGAGUUAAUUGGAUCUCUGCUUGUUGGCAAGGGUGAUGAUGAGCAAGAUCAAGAACAAGGAGGACAGAAGCCUUAAUUUCUGCUGUUUAGAAAAAAAAAAUUCAGUCCUCCAUCGUGUACAAUAUUCUUCUAUUUAUCAGUUGUUGCAAAAACUGGGCUACAUUGCAAUGCUACCGUAAUCAAUUGUUGUAUUAUGGACAAAAUUUUUUUGCACCAUUUGGCAGGUUUUUCCCUGGCUUAAAGCUAUCAAGAGUUCUCCAUACAAUUAUGUAAGAACAUGGAGAAAUAUGCAUAAACAGAGCAAUUUGCCCACUUUUCAUCGAAA